AUGUCCGCGUCCAGAGGGCGCUCGAUCGUCGUCAACGUCGCGACGCCGAGCGGGAAGGGCCAGGCGGAGCCCAAGCGGUCCAAGGUGGAGAUCAUCAAGGAGCGGAGCGAUUACUUGAGACAUCCGUUGAUCGAGGAGCUGGCGACGACGGCGAGCUCGAUCUCCGAGGACGCGGCGCAGUUGUAUAAGUUCCACGGUGGGUACCAGCAAGAUGAUCGGGAGAAGAGAGCGUUUGGGGAGGGGAAGUUUUAUCAAUUCAUGAUGCGCACCAAGCAACCGGGGGGCAAGGUGCCGAAUAAGCUGUACCUGACCAUGGACGACUUGGCGAUGACGCACGGGAACGGAACGCUGCGAUUGACGACGAGGCAAACGUAUCAGUUGCAUGGAAUCUUGAAGAGCGAUCUCAAGGAAACGUUCUCGACGGUGAUUCGUAACAUGGGGAGCACGCUCGGGGCGUGCGGGGACAUCAAUCGAAACGUCACCGCGGCGCCGGCGCCGUACGCCAAACGCGAGGAGUACCACAUCGCGCAAGAGUUGGCGGACGACAUCGCCGCCCUCUUAGCGCCACAGAGCGGUGCGUAUUACGACGUCUGGCUCGACGGUGAGCAAAUCAUGACUGCGGAAAAGCCGGAAGUCACCGCGGCGCGCAACGAAAACCGCAACGGCACCAACUUUGAAGACUGCCCGGAACCCAUUUACGGCCAGCUCUUCCUCCCGCGCAAGUUCAAGAUCGGCGUCACCGUGGAGGGCGACAACCACAUCGAUGUGUUAACGAACGACAUCGCCAUCGUCGUCGUCAUGCGAGACGGCAAGCACGUGGGAUACAACGUGUACGUCGGCGGCGGCAUGGGUCGCUCGCAUCGCAACGACGCGACGUUCCCGCGCGCCGCCACGUUGUUAGGUUUCUGCGGCCCGCGAGACAUCUUGUACGCGGUGAAGGCAAUCGUGUGCACACAGCGCGAUUACGGUCGUCGCGACGACCGCAAGCAGAGCAGGUUGAAAUAUUUGGUCGAGAGCUGGGGGAUGGAGCGCUUCAAGACUGUCACGGAGGGUUACUACGGGAAGAAGUUUGAACCCGGCAUGGAGCUGGCUCCAUUCGAAUUCCCCACCUACCUCGGGUGGAACGAACAAGGCGACGGUAAACUGUGGUACGGCGUGCACGUGCAGAACGGUCGCCUCCGUGGCGAGAUGAAGAAGGCGCUGCGCAACGUCAUCGAGCGCUACGAACUUCCAGUUCGUCUCACCGCCAACCAAGACUUGCUCCUCACGGACGUCGACCCGGCUUGGAAGGCUGACAUUAUGGCGACGCUCAAGGCGGCGGGUGUGAAGGAUGUGACUGAGGUCGAUGCGCUCGAGCGACUCUCCAUGGCGUGCCCGGCGCUUCCGUUGUGCGGUCUCGCCAUCACCGAGGCGGAACGCGGUUUGCCGGAGAUCAACAAGCGCCUGCGCGGCGUCAUGACCAAGGUUGGCUUGGCGACGUCCGAGGACAUCCUCAUUCGUAUGACCGGUUGCCCGAACGGUUGCGCUCGUCCGUACAUGGCCGAGCUCGGCUUUGUCGGUGACGGUCCGGCGAGCUACCAAAUCUGGCUCGGUGGUACCCGCGCGAUGACUGGCGUCGCUGAAGCGUUCGCGGACCGCGUCAAGGUUGCCGACAUGGAGACGUUCUUCGAGCCCAUCUUCGCCAUGUGGGCGCAGCAACGCCAAGAUAAGGAGUACUUUGGUGACUUCGUGAACCGUGUCGGGUUCGACGCGGUCCGCGCCUUUUCCAAGUCUUACGUCCCCGCUCCGACCGCCGCCGCCGCGCCUGCCGCCGCUGCGGCCUCUCCGGCAGCCGCCGCGGCCUCUCCGGCUGCCGUCGAGACUGGCGGGCGCCUCCCUCGCGUCAUGAUUGAGCGCGACGCCUUCGAAGCGCUUCAAGUGUACGCCGAGAAGAAGAACACCACCCUUACGCAAGCGACGACCGACGCCAUUAUGAAGAUGAUCGCCGACGACAAGUAA